AUGAGGUUAACCACCGACCUCAUCGAACAUUCCCUGUCCUUCAUCAACUGUCUCACAGAACGUGAACUCGAUCUACGAGGCCACAAGAUCUCUGCGAUUGAAAAUAUGGGUGCCGCGCGCAACAACGAUGCGAUAGAUCUGACUGACAAUGACAUUACCCAUCUGGGCAACUUCCCGCUACACCUCCGCCUCCGGACACUCUUCCUUGCGCAAAACCGCAUCGCGAAUAUACAGGCGAAUCUGUCCGUGUCGAUCCCGAAUCUCACAACCCUGGUAUUGACGAAGAAUCGCUUGGCUGAGCUGAGCGAUUUGGAUCCUCUGGGUGGGUUCAAGAAGCUCGAGUACUUGUCGUUGCUGGGAAAUCCGGUUGCAAGCAAAGAGAAUUACAGAUACUGGGUGAUAUGGCGCUGCCCAUCUGUCCGCUUCCUCGACUUCACAAAGGUUCGCCAGUCUGAACGGCGGAAAGCCGAUGAGCUCUUCGGCACCGCUGAAAACCCCACAGAUCUUGCGACACAGAUCAUGGGCAAGAAGUCCAAAGGCUUCGUUAUUCCCAGUUACGCCAACGGCGACGAUCAACCUAAAGGGCGGAUUUGGACGGAAGAAGAGAAGAGGAAGAUGCGAGCUGCCAUUGCGAAGGCUACUACCUUAGCGGAGGUGACGGCGUUGGAGAAGGAAUUCGCGGCAGGAAGGAUACCGAAGCAUAUUCUGGAGGGCCCGGAUCCCAUGGAGACCUGAGAGAGAGCAAGGGCCGAGAGAUCAUACCCUGGACGAGAGCGAAGACUAGCAGAAGUGCUUGCAUGCAUGCGUACGACAUGCGCCGUGAGGAUCGACAUGUGGUGGGAAGCCACAGAGGAGUUUGCGGCUCCAUUUCAGGACAGAGCUGGCGUUUCUACGGGGCAGGGCGGUGGGAUAUCCAUUCGAGUCAGUCCAUAUGGGAUCGAUCAUGUUGGAGUGCACCGGGUGGUUGGUCUAUGUGGGGUUCUACAUGUCUUCCAAUAUUUGUCCUGGUAUCGUACACUAACGCCGGACCAUGCCAAGUUCAGAACCCAAAAGAAGCCCUACCAAGGCCAGCCAGUUAUUCGUACUGAAAACUCACGAUCCAUUUGAAGUGUGAGUGAUCUCAGC